AUGCCCCAGAAGAACUUACUGGUAAUACUACAAUACGGUCCAUAUAAGUCGUGUGGUAUCGUCGAGCACAGAACAUGUCGCCUGGACGGUUUACAAGCUGCCCUGAAAGCAGAUGGUCACCAGUGCGUCCUUGAGAAAAUAGAUGACUGGACUACAGUGAAGCUUAUUGUGAAUGGAGAGUGUGUCUAUACGUGCAUCCUUACUGACCUGGAGUUUGGGGGUGAUGGACGACUUGAUCCGCUAUGCCAUAAAGCCAUUGACGCAGUGAGGGACGCGUACUGAUGUCUCUCAAACACAACCCACAUAGAUUUGCUUAUUUUAGCAUGCGCACCGAGUCCAUAGCAAAAAAUCUG